GUAUCCACAAAAAUACUACUGUUAUACAAUAACAGAGACUGAAACCUGAGAGACUGCUUCGCACGCGAGGACUGGUGCAAGCUUAUAAGAGCGGCUCAUUGUAAAGCUAAAGGCUUCUCUCCUCUGUCCUGGUGCACAAUUAGAGACUGCAGGCAACGAGAAAUGGCACAGAAGACAGCACUGAUUGUUUAUGCCCACCAGAGUCCCGCCUCAUUCAACGCUGCUGCGCGGGAUGUAGCGGUUCAGGCUCUGACAAAGCAAGGCUAUAAAGUCCUAGUGUCGGAUCUAUAUGCUAUGAACUUCAAAGCCUCAGCAACUGCAGAGGAUAUUAAGGGUGAUCUGAAGAAUCCUGAGCACUUUAUAUACAACAAUGAGAUGAUGGUUGCAUGGCAAGACGGUCGUUUAAGUGAUGACAUUGCAGAAGAACAGCAUAAAUUGGAGCAGGCAGAGCUGGUUAUCUUUCAGUUCCCCCUCUACUGGUUUAGUAUACCUGCCAUCAUGAAGGGCUGGAUAGACAGAGUCUUAACUCAAGGAUUUGCCUUCACCCUGCAGAAGAUGUAUGACAAUGGCAUUUUCAAGGCUAAGAAGGCCAUACUUUCAUUCACCACUGGGGGAACAGAGUCCAUGUUUAAGCCCGAUGGCGUCCAUGGAGACAUCAAUGUUCCCCUCUGGCCUUUACAGGUGAGAUAA